AUGCCAUUUUCUGUCACUAAUGCUGCUACAAACGGUGUUUUUUCAGUCAAGUCGGCUUAUGAGACUUUAAGCAGGGAGCGAAGACAGAGGAAUUAUCAAAUAAAAGAAGACGAAUUGACGCAGAUUUCGAAAAUCAAAGCCCCCGCAAAAGUCACCCUGACGGCAUGGAAGGUCAUCAAAGGACGUUUACCAACCAUCGACAAUCUUAUUCGCCGGCAGGUGGCAAUUCAGGGGCCGAACCUCUGUGUGAUCUGCAACGAGUGGGAAGAGUCAGUCGAGCAUCUAUUUUUCUCCUGCGCAAAAAUAGAAGAAGUCUGGAAGGAGGUGAUCCUUUGGAUGGGCAAGCAAGCUGUUUUCCACCUUAAAGCGAAGCCUCACUUUAAUGCCUUCGCCAACCUUGGGAAAAAGGAAGAUGUCAAGUUCUUAACCGCGGUUUGGUGUUGUGUAGUCUGGUGCAUCUGGAAGAAGAGAAACGAAUGCAUUUUCGAACAAGGUUCUUGGUCUAAGGAAAGAAUGGUUGCUGAAAUAAAGACUAGAAUUUGGGGUUGGAGUUCGGCUUUUAAUCUGAAUCAGCCCAACGCAGACUUCCGCAGAUGGAACGCAGCUGCUCAACUUCAGGGUUAA